AUGUUGACAUGUGUAGUAGUGUGCGUGCUCGCGGCAGUUGCGCACGCGCAAAACAAUCCACAAGUGAAUACAACCCAAGGAUGGAUAGAGGGCUCCGUGGUACCUGAAGGCAAUUAUUAUGCCUUCUAUGGUAUACAUUAUGCGGGUUCGGUGUCGGGGAAAAAUAGAUUUAAGGCUCCCCCUCCUCCACCGACUUAUCCAGGCGUCUUUCACGCGAUCGAUAGCAGCGUGGUAUGUGCUCAGCCAACGUCUCGCGGUCUUGUCGGAGUUGAAGACUGUUUAACUCUCGACAUAUUUACAUCCAAUCUUAGCGCUUCCCAACCUGUACUGGUUUGGAUUCAGGGUGAAGAGUUCACAACGUCGGACCCAACGCUAAACUCCUUUAAAAAUUUUAUAGAUGAAAAAAUUGUGGUUGUAAAGAUAAACUAUCGCCUUUCCAUUUUCGGAUUUCUUUGUUUAGGAGUCGAACAGGCACCAGGAAAUGCCGGAUUGAAAGAUGUCGUUCAAGGAUUAAAAUGGAUUAACAAAAAUAUCGCUGGGUUUGGCGGAGAUCCAAAUAAUAUAGCACUAUUCGGCCACGGAUCAGGAGCAGCUAUGGUCGAUCUCAUCACUUUGUCACCUAUGGCCGAAAAUUUAGUACAUAAAGCAAUCGUUCAGAGUGGAUCAGCUCUGUCGCCAGGAGCUAUAGCUUACGAUCCUGUUGGUUACGCGGAAGCUUUAGGUGCUAAACUUGAAUACACUGAAAAAUCAAGACCAGAAUUAGCAAAAUUACUCUCCAACACAGAUGUAAGCCUGUUAGCUGGUGCACUAACCGAUUUUGAGUUAUUUAAUAAUACGGCUUUGUUUGCUCCUUGUAUUGAAAAUAAUAUCGAUGUUAACAAUACAAUUCUUAGUGAUGCUCCAAUUAAUAUAUUACGUUCUGGAAAUUAUAGCCAUAUACCUUAUAUUGCUGGUUACACAAAUAAGGAAGGAACUAUAAGGGCUUUUGAGGCAGCUUACAAUCAAUGGUUGGAUAAAAUGCAGGCCAAUUUCGAAGAUUUCAUUCAAGUAGAUUUAAAUAUUACAUCAAACUCAAACAAAACAAGAAUUAUCAAUUCCAUUCGUGAAUUUUAUUUUUCUCAGAGAAACAUAAAUAUGGAGACUAUUGAAGAUUAUUUAGACUAUCACGGGGAUACAAUGAUACUCGUGUCAACAAUCAGAGGUGCAUGGGAAAGAGCUCUCACUUCAAGAGCAGAAGUCAGACUUUAUGAGUUCGCUUACAGGGGCUCUUAUAAUUCCGACUGGACUUUACCGCAAAUUCCGUUGACAGGUGUGAGACAUGGCGGCGUCCUCAAUUUUCUAUUAAAUUACGAUUUAAAGCCAAACGAUAAAACAAUGAUGCAAUGGCUAAUUACACGAUAUUCGUCGUUCAUACGAACUGGUUCACCAAAUAAACCAAAUUCAGUUGAAUGGCUGCCAAUUAGAAGCAAUGCGUUCAAUUACUUGUUGUACAGCGGCGAAGAAGUGUCUGCGAAUGUGUCAGUCGCUUACGAAAGCCCAAGAACAGACCCCCAUCAGCAAAGAAUGACGUUUUGGAAUGAUAAGUACAUAAACUUUUACAAGGCUCCCGCUCCAGUAUCGUCGGUAGGACGAAUUACAGCCUUAUUAUUUAUAGUGGCACUCUGCCAAGUAUUAAUAAAUUUCCUGUAG